UAAAAAAGAAAAACAAUUAUUAGUCACAGGAGGCAGAGCGGCGGGGCGGCAAAGCUGAGUUAGGCAGCAGUGGUUGCAGUAGGCGUCCGGCAGGGCUGCGAACAUGAAUAUGGUAAUUAACACGAGACCGGCAGUGCUGUACCAUUACCCUUGCCCGGACGGCGCGUUUGCUGCUUUGGCGGCACACCUCUACUUCUCCGCCGUCUCCGUCGAGCCCCUCUUCUUCCCCAACACCGUUUACAGCCCCAUCACCCCCCAACACCUCCCUCUCGCCGAUAUCGACCACCUUUACCUCCUCGACUUCGUGGGCCCCUCUGGUUUCGUCCAGAAGAUCUCCUCCGCGGUCCCGAACGUCGUGGUCUUGGACCAUCACAAGACUGCCAUUGGAACCCCCAUAGGCGGAAACGUGGCCGGCGUCGUAGACAUGAACAGGAGCGGCGCCACCAUCGCUUUCGAUUACUUCAGGGACAAAAUUGACGCCGACAACAAGGCGGCGGUUGCUCGGUUUGACGCAGUGAGGAGGCUGUUCGAGUAUAUCGAGGAUGGGGAUCUGUGGAGGUGGAUGCUUCCAAAGAGUAAAGCUUUCAGUAGUGGUUUCAAAGAUUUGAACCUUGAAUACGACGUCGGGUUGAACCCAUCUUUGUUCCAACAGCUGCUUUCUUUGGAUUUGGAGUCUUUGAUUAAUGAAGGAAUGGCGAGCUUAUCGGAAAAGCAGAAAUUAAUAGAUGAAACGCUCAGUUCGUCUUAUGAAAUUGCACUUGGCGGUGGAGCCUUUGGACAUUGCCUGGCUGUCAAUGCCGAUUCUAUCUCCGAGUUGAGGAGUGAACUCGGACAUCAAUUAGCUACUAAAAGCCGUAGUCUAAGUUUAAGGGGCAUUGGUGCUGUUGUAUACAGAGUGCCUGAGCUUGAAAAUGACCAAAUGCUAAAAAUAAGCCUUAGGAGUGUGGACACCGAAGACACAACACUCAUCUCACAGGAAUUUGGAGGCGGUGGGCAUCGAAAUGCUAGUUCCUUCAUGUUAGGCUCUGCAGAAUUCAAGCAGUGGAAACUGUGAAGAUUAACAUGCCAUUCAAGAGGUUAUUUACCGCCAACAUCAAUAUUCCGGUAACCAUCCAUAUACUCAUCUCCAUUGAUCAGUUAGUUUGUGAAGGCCACAUGAGAGCUGAUCUUCACCACUGACACCAGCGUUAGAAGAACACUGCAUCCACGUAUCAUCUGUGAUGAACUGCAUCCACGAAUCGUCUUUGUCAUCUUCCUCCUGCGGGCAUGAGAUUGACGAUGACGAUGCCAUCGGAUUCUCCGGUGACAGGGUUUGAUCACAGUGAUCAUUGUUUACACCCUGUGAUCUUUCAUGAAUAUUGUUUAGUGUUAAAUGACUUGAUUGGCCUUGCUGCUCUUCAAUCUCCGAGCAAAUGCCAUUUUUCUUAACACGCGACACAAUGCAAAAGAAUCCUGCAUAUAAAUUCAUACUAGUUAAUUAAUUUAUCUAGUCAAAGUGUAAAAGGAGUUGGAAUAAAAUAUUAUAUAAUUGAUAACAAUAUAUGCGUAUUAAUUA